GGCGGGGACCGGCUCGCAGCGGCUGUUCUGGAAAGGCUCCCGGCUGCUUCCUUCCUGCCCAGCUCCCCUCCCAGCGCUCUCUGGGCACGGCAGCAGCCUCGGCAGAGCCCGGACCGGUCUUUCGAGCGCAUAUUUUCCUGCUCCACACUGCCCUUGGCGUAACUCUACACCGAGCAGGCAGUGGCCGGAGAGGUGCCCGCAUCGCCUCGGUGCCAACUCUGCGCCCAAAGGCUGCUGGGGAAAAGCAGGGUAGGCAGGGAGGGGGAUGCGGACGGACUGACAGAUGGGAGAUCAGUCGCCUGCCAGCCCGUCGCACUGGAGAACGGUGCCAGCCUGCCAACCGAGUGGCUCCCGCGUGCCCAGGGCUCGGGCCCUCGCCAGCCUGGCAGCGUCGGCGACAGCAGGAGCUUCAGAGUGAACCUGCACUGCAAACACCCGCGGCCCAGGGAGCUCAAGUGCAACAGCAAGAGCACCAGCAAAGCCAAGGGUCCUGGUGCCACCUUCCCUGACCCCCAUGUCAGCAACUGCUCGGCCCAGCGGCACGCGGGGGAGGAGGAGGCCAGGAUGCGCGUGAAGCCCCCGGGCCCAGUGGUAACGACCAGCGUUGUGCGCGGCUCGCCCGACUACGCCCGAGAGCCUGAGUUCUACCCUCCUGGGCACCCUGUGCAGCGCCCCCCGGCCUGCCCGGCGGAGAAGGCCUUGUCCUGCAGCGUGCUGAGCUUCCCCGAGGGAUCGUGCCCCACGCUCGGCCGCGAGCACCAGGUGGGCUCGCUGCUGCACGGCGACCCGGCCGACCGGUGCCAGGGCGUCCACGGGGGCACCAAGGCGGCGCAGGACUUGCUGGGCUGUGCCGGCCAGCCCCGGAUCCUGGGGCAAAGCGCGGAGGAGGCAGCCGCCCGUGACCGGGCGCUCAAAACCUUCCCUGACGUGACGCUGGCCUCGGGCCCCUGCAACGUCGACAGCAUCCUCGCCUUGCUCCGCAGCAAGUGCGGCAACGGCCACAUCAACCUCCACCCCGUGGUGCAGCUCAUCGACAUCAUGAAGGACCUCAACCGCCUCUCUGAGGACCUCAAGAGCAGCGGCGUGCACCUGGACUGCGGCAACCUGCGCGGUGGCGGCGCCCACGAGGACAGUCGGCUGCUGCCCGCCGACCGUGACCUCCAGUACAGCUUCUUCUCCUCGCCCUCCCUGGCCAACAGCAUCCGCAGCCCCGAGGAGCGGGGGGCACUCUGCAAGACGGAGCCGCCGCGGCACCCCCGGCCUCCUGCCCGCGAUGGAGAAGUUGAUGGCGGCGGGGGGAGCACCCCGCAGCCUCCCGGACACAGUGGGGGUGUUGGGGGGACCUCCAAAGCUUCGACAGAGGAAGCUGGCUGCUCCCAGCCCGACACCGGCGAUUACUCGGACCUGGCCGAGGCAGACAUCCUGAACGAGCUGGCCUCGCUGGCGUGCCCGGGAACGCAGCUGCUGGAGUCACAGGCGAUGGAGCCGCAGCCCCAGUUGCUGCCAGCUCAGGAGUUGGACUCCCAGUCCCGGCUGCUGGACUCCCAGUCCCUUGAGUCACAACCCCAGCUGCUCGACUCGCAGAGCUUGGAGCCACUGCCGGAGUCGUUGGAGCUGCAAAAUCUGGAGCCGCUGGGGCUGCAGUCUUUGGAGCCACUUUCAGCGUCGCUGGAACUGCAGUCGCUGGAGCCUUUGUCUGAGUCGCUGGAGCUGCAGUCACUGGAGCCCCUGGCUGAGCCCCUGGGGCUGCAGACGCUGGAGCCGCUCCCUGGGGCCCUGGAGCCACCACUGCUGGACGCUCGGACCCCGCUGCUGCCCACUGAGCCCUCGCUGCUGGAGACGCAACCGCUGGGGACCGUCUCGGAGCUGCUGGAGGCACAAACGGGCACCGGGGACCCGCUACGGCCCCACGGACUGCAGGCCAGGCUCGGGGGGUGCCCCCUGAGCAGUGUGGUGAAACGGGGUCCCUGUGGCAGCCGGGGGGCUGGGCGCUGCGGCGAGGACCACCGCAAAUACGCCCUGCGCCGGACAGACAAACCAAAGAUGCUGUGCCGCAGGAGGAGGGCAGGGCGAGGGCGCCGGGUGGACAUUGCCUCCGAGAGCCGCGUCUUGUCCCCCCUCGCCUUGCCCACCGAGGUGCCCCCCGGGCCUGAGGUGCCCAGCACCCCACUGCUGAGUCCCCCACCACCGCCCACUACCACCACCCUGGACACUGACGAGGUGCCCAAGCCCCCUGCAACGGCAAGGAAGAUGAAGUGCCGAGGGGUAAGGAAGAUGGUGGUGAAGAUGGCCAAGAUCCCUGUGUCCCUGGGCAGGAGGAACAAGACCACCUACAAGGUAUCGUCACUCAGCAGCAACCUGAACCUGGAGGGCAAGGAGCUGGCAGCCAGCAGCUCCAUGGAGCCCACACCGCUGCUCAAGAUGAAGAACAACGGGCGCAACGUGGUGGUGGUCUUCCCCCCGGGGGAGAUGCCCAUCAUCCUGAAGCGCAAGCGGGGCAGGCCCCCCAAGAACCUGCUGCUGGGCCAAGUCAAGCCCAAGGAGCCAGUCCCAGAGGUGAAGAAGAGGAGGAGGAGGAAGCAGAAGCUGGCCUCGCCCCAGCCUUCCUACAUCGCCGACACCAAUGACAGCAAGGCUGACUACUCGGACGUGCUGGCCAAGCUGGCCUUCCUCAACCGGCAGAGCCAGUGCUCGGGGCGCUGCUCGCCGCCCCGCUGCUGGACCCCCAGCGAGCCCGAGUCCAUCCACCAGGCCCCCGAUACCCAGAGCAUCUCCCACUUCUUGCACCGCGUCCAGGGCUUCCGCCGGCGCGGCGGCAAGGCGGGCGGCUUCGGGGGGCGCGGCGGGGGCCACGCUGCCCGCGCUGCCCGGUGCUCCUUCAGCGAUUUCUUUGAGGGCAUUGGGAAGAAGAAGAAAGCUCCCACGGCCCUCCACGCCGAUGCCGUGCACCCGCGCAAGCGGGGCCGGCCCGAGCCCGACCCUGUGGGCAAACCCAAGCGGAAGCGCCGCGCACGCAAGAACGGAGCCCUGUUCCCGGAGCCUAACCCCGGGCAGAGCUUUGGUGACGCUAGCGCUGAGUGGGCUGCUGGGGAGAAGGGCAGCCCCUGGGCCCCCCAUCACGGCCACCCCAGCGGCCAGGCCGGCCGCAAUGGUGGCUACCAAGGGGCUGAGGCGAGACCCUUCCACUCCCCCGGGCUGGAGUCCGGCUCCUCUGGCCGUGCCGGUUUCUACGCCGGGAGCGCUCCGUCCUCGCAGGCGGAGGCUGGCCCGGAGCGGCACAGCCUCUUCACCGGCUACUUCCGCUCGCUGCUGGACUCAGACGACUCCUCCGACCUGCUCGACUUCGCCCUCUCGGCCUCACGCUCCGAGUCCCGCAAGUCAGCCGCCGCCUACACGGCCCCCCCGGCCGCCUUGCCGGGCCAGCGGGGUCUGGCUGCCUACCCGGCCCGGGGGGGCAAGGUGGCGGCGGCGACCCCCGGUGCCGAGGCUGCCUUCCACGCGGCGCUGCAAGGCCGGCCUGCGUUCCCCGGCCGCGCCGCCGCCGCCACCUAUGGGGUAGCCCAAGGGUCAUCGGAGUGCCGGGGUGCUGAGGCGUUCACCAAGCUGGCACCGCCCUCGGCCGUCUCCCGGUCCCCCACGGCUCACCCGGCGGCCAGCGGCACCUCCGGCUACUCGCCCUACGGCAGCUACGGCAGCGGGCAGAGCGUGGCACCGGCCAGCGUGUUCCCGCCGGGGAAGCAGUACUCGCAAGACUGCCCCAACAGCAAGGACUGCAGCUUCGCCUACGGCAGCGGCAGCAGCCUCCCGUCCUCGCCCAGCAGCGCCCACAGCGCCGGCUACGCGCCGCAGACGGCCGGUCCCAGCCUGCCGCUGGGCAAAGCUGCCUUCUUCAACAGCGCCGAGCAGGGGGCACAGUUCUCCAGCGCCUCACACACCCCCUUGAGGUGUGACAGCCGGGCCAGCACCGUAUCGCCCGGCGGCUACAUGGUGCCCAAGGGCUCGGCCUCCUUCCAGCCCUCACCUGAGAAUUGUCGGCAGUUCCCCGGCUCCGCGCCCUGGGCUUUCCGGCAGGGUUACGGAGGGCUGGACUGGAGCUCGGAGGCCUUCAGCCAGCUCUACAACCCGGGCUUUGAGUGCCACCUCAACGAGCCCAACGUCAUCCUGGACAUCUCCAACUACACCCCACAGAAAGCCAAGCAGCAGACGGUCUCGGAGACCUUCUCGGAGUCCUCUUCCGACAGCACCCAGUUCAACCAGCCAGCCGGCUACCGGCGUGCCAACAGCGAGGCCUCAUCCAGCGAAGGCCAGUCCAGUCUCUCCAGCCUGGAGAAGCUGAUGAUGGACUGGAACGAGGCAUCCUCCGCCCCGGGCUACAACUGGAACCAGAGCGUCCUCUUCCAGAGCAACUCCAAGCCUGGCCGGGGCCGACGGAAGAAGGUGGACAUGUUCGACACUUCCCACCUGAGCUUCUCCUCCUCUUCCUCCUCUUCCUCCGUGUACCCCUCCAAGAGGAGCACAGGACCCCGGCAGCCCCGAGGGUCCCGGGGAGCUUGUGCCUCCAAGAAGGAGAGGGGCACGGGCAAGGCCAAGUUCCCCACCAAGUCCCAGGCAGUCAACCCCCUGUUCCAGGAGAGCACCGACCUGGGCUUGGACUACUACAGCGGGGACAGCAGCAUGUCCCCACUGCCCUCCCAGUCCCGGGGCUUCGGGGUGGGCGAGCGGGACCCCUGUGACUACACCGGCCCCUACUCCAUGAACCCCUCAACCCCCUCAGACGGGACCUUCGUGCAGGGGUUCCAGAGCGACUCCCCCGGGCUGGGACAGCCGGAUUUGGAGGGCAAGCACUUCCCGGCGCUGCCGCACCAGCUGGGCGGCCCCACCCCGCAGACUGUCUUCGAGGCCGGCCUGCAGAAAGCCUUCUCGCCCAACUGCUCCCCGACCCUGGCCUUUAAGGAGGACCUACGGGCGGGUGACCUCCGCAAGCUUCCCACCUGCGACUCGCUCAAACACAGCAUGCAGGGGGGGGCCCUGCCACACGCCCCUCACCUGGCCUGCCGCGACCUCCCCAUGCCACAACCGCACUACGACUCCCCCAGCUGCAAAAACCCUCCCUACUGGUACUCCCCCAACGCCAGCACCCGCAGCCCCUCCUACGACGGGAAAGCGGGGGCCGGGAUGCUGGUAGACUUCAUGGGCAGGACGGACCCCUCGUGUCUGAACCCCCACUUGGGCAGCCCGAGCGGCGCCCACCCCUCCAAGGGCGAGAAGGAGCCCUUGGAGAUGUCCCGGGCUCACCACCGAGGACCCUACGCUUGCCCCUUGAUCAAUGACUUGAACAUCUCCCCCGUACCGAGAGACUCAAUGCUGCAGCUGCAGGACAACUACAGGUACCCCAGUUUUGCACCCCAGGGGCACCCCGUCAUGCCCCCCCCCCAGAAGAGCGGGUUCUUGGGCCCCAUGGUAGAGCAACAGCACCCUGAGGACACUUUUACAGUCACCUCGUUGUAG